AUGGCAUCAAUUGAAGACCUAAAAAACGCUUUAAAAGAAACAUUAGAAGCUAGAGGAGUCCUUGGAGACCUUAAAGCUAAAAUCAGAGCAGAAAUAUUUUCUGCCUUAGAUGACAGAGAACCUUCCAGACCUAGACUCAGCCAAGAAAAUGUGCUAAUAAAUGAACUAAUCCGCGAGUAUCUCGAAUAUAAUGGAUAUAACCAUACCCUUUCAGUCCUCGUUGCAGAAAGCGGCCAGCCUGCUCAGUCUCCCUUUGAUAGAGCUUUUAUAUCAAGAGAGCUUAAAAUAUCAGAAACAAUGGAAUCCAAAAGUGUCCCGCUCUUAUAUGGAAUUCUUAUUCCUCCCAUCUAUAAAUAGGCAAAAGCCUAAUCUAAAAAUUUUUUGUAGGCGCCUUUAAUAAUGAAUCAAAAAUUUAAAAUAUUUCUAUUUAAAUUAGGAUUUCUUAAUUUUUUUAAUAUAUAAUUUAAUUAUAAUUACAGUGUCUAAAAAUCCCCUCAAGCAUUUAUAAAUAAAAUAUUUAGUAUAUUGCAUGUCUAUUCAUUUUCAUCUUAAAAAUUCUAAAUACAACAAAAAUUUAUAAAGUUUAUUUUUUAAAUUUAAGUUAUACCCCACACAAAAAACGUUUUAGAAGCAGAUGGGGAACUUUAGAGGGCUAAGACCAAUAGUUGCAGAAGAAAGAAAUAUUGAAGUUAGCAGCACGAUGCCACCUAAAAAAGAAGUGAUUUUUGCUGAUCCUCAGCCGUUUUCUUUUACUAAAACAAAUUAA